AUGUUGAUUAAAGAAUAUAGAAUUCCUUUGCCUUUGACCGUCGAAGAAUAUCGUAUAGCUCAACUCUACAUGAUAGCGAAAAAAAGUAGAGAUGAAAGCAAAGGAGCCGGAAGUGGAGUUGAAAUUCUUGUUAACGAACCCUAUGAAAAUGGUCCAGGAGGAAAAGGGGGUCAAUACACGAGGAAAGUUUAUCACAUAGGAUCUCAUUUACCCGGAUGGAUAAAAUCUCUCAUCCCUAAAUCGGCUUUAACGGUCGAAGAAGAAGCCUGGAAUGCUUAUCCGUAUACUAAAACGAGAUACACGUCAUUAUUUAUCGAAAAAUUUUUCAUUGAAAUCGAAACUUAUUAUUAUCCCGACAAUGGAUAUCAAAAUAACGUUUUCGGUUUGUCGGGAAACGAUUUAAGAAAUCGAUCCGUCGAUUUAAUUGACGUGGUCAAAGAUCAAACUCCCGGAGUGGAUUACAUCAAAGAAGAAGAUCCGAAAAUAUUCGUGUCGGAAAAAACGGGGAGAGGUCCCCUUUCGGAAAAUUGGUUGAACGAGUAUUGGGAAGAAUGUCAGGGGAAAAGUAUGCCGACGUCUAAAGGAAAAUCCGUCAUGUGCGCUUAUAAAUUGUGUCGCGUGGAAUUUCGUUAUUGGGGGUUGCAGUCGAAACUUGAAAAGUUUAUUGAUGACGUAGGCACGUCUUUAAGAAAAACAAUGCUUCGAGCUCACAGGCAAGCUUGGGUAUGGCAAGACGAAUGGUACGGACUUUCCAUGGAAGACAUAAGAAAAAUAGAAAGGGAAACACAAGAAGCAUUGAAAGAAAAAAUGGGGGGAGAAGACGAUUCGGGAGAAGAGGAAAACAACGUUGCAAAAAAUAUGAAUACAAAAACUCCAGAAAUUGAUAAAACUUUGGCGGAAGCUUUUGAGAAAAUAGUCGAAGGACCGAAGAAUGGACAAGAAAACAAGGAAGUUAAUAAUCUUCGGAACGAAGACAGUAAUUUUCCAGUAAAUUUAAACAUCGGGAGAAAUGAAGAUGAAAUGGUUCAGGGAAUAAGAAGAAAAUGGAGUCGGUCAUUUUCAAGAGAUGCUUUUAAUUCUCCCACAGGUUCUGGAAAAGAAUUUGAUUUAAAUGUCGAUAAAUGGAGAAUGGAAUCAUUGAGAAGGGAUUCGGAAUCGGAAAGUGAUGAAGAAUUUUUUGACUGUCAAGAAGAUGUUUCAAGUGCAGGUACAUUGGUAAAAUGGAGUUCUCUCGAUAUACUACCCGAUGACGAAUUAGGAUUGACUUCUCCCGAUGUAGAAUUGAAUACUAAAGGUAGUACAAAAAAAAAAAAAAAUUACAGUAUAUUUUCUCACGAUUUUGUUCAACAUUUAACUUCAGAGAAAGGGAAUAGACUGCAUUUAACAAAGUCUACGAAUGAAACAACCUCUUAUCCGGACAAUUCUCCAACAACUAAUUAUCAAUCGUGCAAUACAAGCAUAUUAAUUAUCGUUCUUCACGCCGGAAGUGUACUUGAUGCUAAUGCCGAUUUUAAUGCUAAAAAUUCCGAUUUGACGACUUUUCGUAGCGCUUUUGAAACCGUCAUAAAUCAACAUUACCAAUCCGUUAUGGGGCAUAUCACGAUAAAAUUGUAUAUGCACCGAAGCUUUGGGAGUUUAUCUAGUUUAAGUCCUUAUAGUUUCAACGUUUCACCAACUUUAAAUGAUGUUCCUCAAGUGACCAACGAUUCAAUUCCAGUUGGAGCCAUUCCAUUGUUUGCUUGUUCCAGCGCAGAAUAUCAAGAUUCCGUCACAAAAACUAUCAUUUCAUGUAAUUCGUGUUAUCAGGAGUUUAUAAAAUCAGAAGAAGGAAAAGGUUUUAACGGAAGAGUUGUAUUCAUAGGUGAUUCAGUGGGUUCAAUUUUAGCAUACGAUGCUAUUUGUUGCUCGUCCGGUAAUUCUCGUCACGGUAGCGAAAAUAGUAUUUUAGAUGCAGAUAUUGAAGUCUACGAUAUUAUGGAUGGUCAAAAAAUUAUGCUCGAACCUAGAACGUCAGAAAGCGGGGAUCAGGCGAGCGUGUCUAAAUUAUGUUUCGAAGUCGCAGAUUUAUUCAUGUUCGGUAGUCCUCUCUCUCUCGUUUUAGCCUACCGGAAAAUUUUAAAGGAUGAAAAAAAUUUACCGUUGACUCAACCGGGAUCUUGUCAGGUGUAUAACCUUUUUCAUCCUACUGAUCCCGUUGCCAUGCGCUUGGAGCCACUUAUAUCCGCGAGAUUUUCUAUCAUUCCACCCGUUAAUAUAGCUCGAUAUCAGAAAUAUCCUCUGGGUGACGGUCAACCACAUCAUUUGCUCGAACUUAUUCAGUCGCAUCCUCAGUGGUUUGCAGAAGGAUCAAAGUUAAAUUCAUCUCAAAAUUCUGGUCCCUCGAGACGAAUGUCCGAAGUCAGUUUGCAAAGUACGUUAUCAGGAUUUAUCGACAGUUUACCUCUUCAAAGUAUUACUUCCAUUUCCCAAAAGUGGUGGGGAACCAAAAGACUUGAUUAUGCUCUCUACUGUCCCGAAGGAUUGUCUAGUUUUCCUACGAAUGCAUUACCUCAUCUCUUUCAUGCGAGUUAUUGGGAGUCGUUCGAUGUUGUUGCAUUUAUUUUGAGACAGAUAACUAGAAUUGAAUUGCCGGCGUCAAAUAACAAAGACAAAGAAAUUUCUUCCUUUAACCCUGGGCAACCAAGGGAAAAAUGGAUUAAGAAAAAAACGUCGGUGAAAUUGAAAAAUGUUGCUGCCAAUCAUCGUGCUAACGAUGUAAUCGUAAAAGAAGGAGCCCCGCAAAUUCUAGUCGCUCGUUUCAUGUACGGUCCUUUGGACAUGAUCACACUCACAGGUGAAAAAGUCGAUAUUCACAUAAUGACAAGUCAUCCGGGUGGAGAAUGGGUUUACUACGGAACGGAAGUCACUGAUAAAACAGGAAGAAUAACUUUUACAAUUCCACCUGAUAAAUGUUUAACUUACGGUAUUUACCCGGUUAAAAUGAUUGUCAGAGGAGAUCACACGUCUGCUGAUUUCUAUUUAGUUGUCGUUCCGCCGAAAACCGAAUGCGUCGUAUUCAGUAUUGAUGGAUCUUUUACCGCAAGUGUUUCCGUCACGGGAAAAGAUCCAAAAGUUAGAGCGGGUGCUGUUGAUAUUGUUAGGCACUGGCAAGAAUUAGGGUAUUUUGUAAUAUACAUAACAGGGCGACCGGACAUGCAACAGCAAAAAGUCAUGUCUUGGCUAUCUCAACACAAUUUCCCACACGGAUUUAUUUAUUUCGUCGAUGGUUUUUCGCGAUUUCCUCUACUUCACAAAGCCGAAUACUUGAAAGCUCUCAUGCAAGAUCACGAUGUUAUAUUUCACGCAGCUUAUGGAAGUGGAAAAGACAUUAGCGUUUACACGUCCAUCGGUUUAAAACCGAAACAAAUUUUCAUCGUGGGCAAAGUAUCGAAAAAACUUCAUUCCCAAGCGACAAUAUUGACGGACGGGUAUGCAGCGCAUUUGGCAAGUCUUAAAGCCUACGGAGGGUCAAGGCCGGCGCAGGGUAAUGCAAGAAUGGUUAUUCCAAGAGGUUGUUUCGGUCUUCCCGGUCAAAAUAUUUCUCUUCAAAGAAGAAGGUAA